AUGAACACUGUUGAAGAUUUAGAUAUCGUUCACUUGUACACAAAAAUACGCGAUAAUCCGCACUACUUGGAAGUCCCCAAUGAGAUGCCAUUUGUGGAGUCACCUCUUCAUACUACUACUUCAGAAGGCCAUACCAACCUUGCUCUUGAAAUCUUGAGGCUAAAGCCUUCGUUGGGGAAAAAGUUGAACCUUGAUGGUCUUAGUCCACUGCACCUGGCUUUGGAUAAUGGACACACCAACACUGUGAAACGACUCCUCAAGCAUGAUCCGGACCUCGUUCGUGUCCAAGGAGGGCAGGGAACACUCUUUUGCAUUGUGCAGUGGAAAAAGGGGCAUCAAUCUUUUGAUUUAUUUUCUUCUCAUAGGAAGACCAAUAAUACGUUGAUAUUUCGCCGGAGUAAUGAUGAAGGCAAUACUGUGAUGCAUCUUGCAGCAUUAACAAACCAAUCGCAGGUUUAG